AUGGCUAAACAAAAGAAGAGAGGCAAGUCUGGCCAAGCCAAGAACUAUAUCACUCGAACGCAGGCUGUACGAAAGCUGCAAAUAUCGCUGCCAGAUUUCCGGCGACUAUGCAUUUUCAAGGGCAUUUACCCCAGAGAGCCACGGAACAUCAAGAAAGCGAACAAGUCAGCCACUCACUCGACGACGUUCUACUACACCAAAGACAUCCAGUAUCUCCUUCACGAGCCUCUUCUAGCCAAGUUUCGAGACCAGAAGGCGUUACAGAAAAAGAUCGCAAAGUCGCUCGGGCGCAAUGAACUACAAGAUGCGUUGCGCUUAGAAAAGAAUGGGACACCAAAGAUCAAACUCGACCACAUUGUGCGAGAGCGAUAUCCAACCUUCGUGGACGCAUUACGCGAUCUAGACGAUGCGCUGUCUUUACUUUUCCUGUUUGCAAACUUGCCUUCGACUGAGACUGUGCCACCAAGAGUAAUUGCCAGAUGUCAGCGGUUGUGCCACGAGUUCCAACACUACCUCAUAACUACAAAUUCUCUCAAGAAGUCGUUCUUGUCGAUCAAAGGCAUAUACUACCAGGCCACAAUUCAUGGACAGGACGUCAUGUGGUUGGUGCCAUAUAAGUUUGUGCAAAGGGUUACUCAAGAUGUGGAUUACAGAAUUAUGGGCACUUUCGUCGAGUUCUACUGCACUUUACUUGGUUUCAUAAACUACAAGUUAUUCACUGAGAUCGGCUUAGUAUAUCCUCCGAGGUUCGACCAACAAAGUGACGACAGAGGUGCUGAGCUAGCAGCUUUCACGCUCGAAGGACGCAAUGUGGCCGACAAUGCAAUUCAGAAUGGUAGUUCGCAGAAACAGCUCAGUAGUGGGCAAGAUCCUACACAAAACCCAGCCGAAGUGCAGGCAACCAUUGACAAGAUAGCUCGGGAAGGAGAAGGGGAAGCGGCUCAACAGUUACAGGAAGAACUUAAAGAGGACGUUGAAGAGAACGGAGGCGUUGACAAGUUCGAGGUUGCGGCCCCAAAUGCUGACGAGCUGCCACAGCCCCAGACAAGUAGCGACGAAGCUGCUCAUCUCUUCUCCGACUUCACCUUCUACAUAUCUCGCGAAGCACCUCGACCACCGCUCGAGUUCCUGUUGAGGGCUUUUGGCUGCAAACGUAUAGGCUGGGAUCAGGUGCAGGGUGAGGGAGCGUUUACUUUUGAUGAGAAGGAUCCACGAAUUACUCACCAGAUUGUGGAUAAGCCAAUGAACAUGACAAAUGGCGAUGCCGCGGCUAAACCUGGCUAUGUGGUGGCUGGCAGAACAUACGUUCAGCCACAAUGGGUAUGGGACUGCGUCAACGAGGCGAAGUUACUAAGGACCGAUGUUUAUGCGCCUGGUGAAACGUUACCACCACAUCUGAGUCCUUGGAUGAAGCCAGUCAAAGGACAAUAUGAUCCACGUACGCCAUUGGAGGAACAGCAGCUGGAAGGCGAGGAAGAUGAAGAGCUUAGCGAAGAUGAGGCCCAAGAGCUUCUGGACGGUGCCGAGCCUGAUGUGUCAGAGGACGAGGAACAAGACGAGGUUGACGAACUCGAUGGAGCAGCGGAUGGCAUGACUGUUGACAUGGCAGGUGCCUCUUCUGACGAGGGAGGUGCAGAAAUUGACGAGGCCUUUGGCGGGUUUGAGGACGAAGAACAGGCAGAAGAAGAAGACGAGGAAGAUGACCACCAAGCCGAACUUGCUGCUGAAGCUGCCGGUACCUCGAUCGCGUCUCGCAAGCAGCCGACUUCGAAAGAUAAACGCAAACAGGAGCGGCUCACACAGCAGAAGCAGCAGGAUGAGGAAAUUGAAAGACAGAAGAUGAUGAUGAGCAAUAAGAAGAGAAAGUUGUAUGAGAAGAUGCAACAUUCGAACAAUAUUAAGGAUGCAGAAGCCGAGAAGCUGCGGCGUAAGAGAAGGAAGCUCGAGCAAAAGCAGAAAAGAUAA